AUGGCCAACAAACUGAGUUUUAUUGUUUUUAUGGCUGUAAUAGCUGUAGCAGUUGCCUUGACCACAACUAUUGCACCGACCAGAGAACCCAUGAGCAAAACCACUGAGAAACCCAUGAAAACCGAAGAACGUCGUGACAAACGUCAGUUGGCCGUCAACGGAGGACAGAGCAGCAUGGCUGGGUCCAGUGGCAACUUUCCCAUCUUCUUCGACGGAGUGAACGUGAACCCCCCGCUGCAGCCCCUGCCACCUCUGCAGCCCCUCCAACCCCUUCAGCCCAUCACAGUGGUGACGCCCGUGGCCUCCAACUCGAAUGCCCAAAGUCAGCAGCCGCAGUCGGGUUGGCUGCCCAAUUUCGGCCAGAAUCUGCCGAUAAUCGGAACCUGGGUGGGUGGCCUGCCCAAUCUGAUCAGUGGUUUGGGACUGGGUUCGCUAAACGGCGGUUUCGGCACUCUGGGCGGCUUGAAUCUGGGAAAUCUGGGCCUGGGCACAGUGACUCCUGUGGUCCAGAACCCAGCUCCAAUCGUUCCAAUCGGAUCCUCGCCGAAUCCCCAGACAACUUGUCCACUCACCCAGAAGCUCAGUUGUCGCUGUGAACCACUCAUUCAGUUGCCAGGGAUAAAACCCAGUGUGAGUCCUUUGAGAUCGCAACUGGUGCAAAUCCUGCGGCAGAAUGCUCGCAAGAACGACGAUGGAUCGCAGGAGAUGCGAGUGAUCCUGAGCAGUGGUCAUGUUAUUUACCAACGCACCUCCAGGGAUCUCGGCCAGAAUGGCUACUUGGCCAUGAGGAUCCAGUCGGGCAGGUACUUCAACAUCUACUUCAGUGUCAACGAUAAGGAGUAUACAGUAAGGGCGGAUGUGAAAGAUAAGCCUCCCACUUCCGAUUUCGACGACGAACUGAGCGGUCAGAUUUAG